AGCAUGUCUCUGCUCCGCUUGGUAACAUGUAUGUGUGUGUAUAUGUGUGCGCGUGGGUCCUUGCUGCUGCCAAGUCCAACAAUUCCUCAGAGCUUUGAUGACCACCUGAGCCCCUCACACCUCUGCUUCCUUAUUAAUGCUCACAGGGACAUUUCAGACCGCUGCAACACGAGUGUUCUGUAAAAUGUGUGUUUAUGAGAAUGUUUAUUAUUAUUGUUACUCGUUACCCUAUUCAUGGCUCUGUUAUAAAGCCACAAUCCGCACAGAACUUUGGACCCAGUAGAGGCGACACCGUUUCUGUGACUGAUAGCUUGUUUUUUUGUCCCUCAAAACUGAACUAAAUCUGGAGGCUACAAACAUUCUCACUCUGAAAAUUCUACACAGGUGUGCUCUUUUAAUGAGUGUAUGUGUAUCAGUGUAUAAAGCUGAUAAAAAUGCAUGCCACAGCCCAGCCUUUAAAAAGAGAAUAAGAAAUGGGCCAUUGUGCUGCCAUGCAGCAUGCUUAAUCCCACUGCACAUACAGUACAUGCACCUUACAUUCUUCCACAUACCGUGCUGACAGAAGGCACAUUACACACACAAAGGCACACAGUUAGAAAUAUUCAAACAAAUCCACACAAAUGCAAAUUCAUCCGGCACCAGUGUUUGAUUGCUGUCCAUGUCAAUGCAAGUGCAAAGCUUCGUUUCACUGUCGGAGCGCUGUAACUUGUUUGCAUCUCUGCAGGAGUGCAUAUACAAAGGCACUCAAGCAAACACUGCUUUUCACACAUUUGUGAAGCAGUCUGCUUAAAUAAUACAUUAUUUUAUUUAUACUGAAACCAACACUUAAUUCAUGCAUUCAUUUUCCUUUUUCCUAAAUUUGUCCAUAGUUGAUUCUUUCAUCCACACUAAAUUUCCCUCUCUUAUCUUUUCACCUUGUCUUUUUUAUGCAGCCUUCCUCUGAUCUUGACUUUUUCUCUCUGACCUGAAUCUCUAUUUGAUCAUCAUCUCUGUGACUUACACUCUCUUUACUGGCCUUCUAUUUGUCUCUUUAGUAGUGAAACUUAAAAAUAUACACAUGUAUCUAUGGUACUGUAUCUUUUCUCCACUCGUCACAUAUGUUGCAGUACGUUUGUUUCCCACCAGGGGGCAGUGGCACUACACUGUUGUCUGAGCAGAGGUAUCAGGCCUGGUUAGAGCUGACACACACUCCUAGGAAGUUCCUGAGCACAGCAGCGGGCUGAGCUGCAUAUCAAUGAGUGAUGAUGAAUAAUGAAGGUUCGAGGAGGGGAGAGCAUUUUGGUCGUAAUGUGAAUCUGUUGUCUUUCAUUUAGAUUGCAGAGUAAGUCCCUUUGUCAAGAGAGCCGUGUUGACACCAUAGACUGGUUGACACACACACUUUUGCCGGGAUGAUAAUUGACUCUGUGCCUGUGUGUGUGAUUGUAUUAAGAAGUGCACACGCAUCAGAAGUUGUCACUCAACUGUAAUGAGGGAGUCUUUAUUCUGUCAUCCUACACUGUUUGAAUUUACCUUGCAAACACUUUGCAAGUGCGUGAGUGUUAGUGUGUGUGUGCUUGGGUGUGUGUGUAGAGAAAUAACUUGCAUUUAUUGAGAGUUUCAUAUUUGAUUUGCUGUAAAUGAUUGAUUCAUGGAGUUGCAUGUUUUUAAUGUUGCACCUUGUUUUAAUGUGUAAUGUGUCAGUCCUUGUGUGUAUGUCAAAGACUGAUGAGUGAGUUUGUGUGUGUGUGUGUGUGUGUGUGUGUGUGUGAGGGAGAAAAACAUGGGAAGAGCUGCAUGUGAUGUCUAGAGUGGGGAUCACAUUCCGCCUGGGGGUAGGUGAAGCCAUUGUAAACAAUGGAUCUGACAGAAUGUAGGCCUUCACAUCUCUACCACUGUGUGUGUGUGUGUGUGUGUGUGUGUGUGUGUGUGUGUGUGUGUGUGUGUGUGUGUGUGUGUGUGUGUGUGUGUGUGUUCUACUGUAGACCGUCAUACAAGGCCAUUGGAGGCCACUGAGGAACCCCGGGGCAGGCGAGCCUCUCUGACCUUUGUCUUUGUACCUCUUCUCUCCAGGGGCUUCUUCUGUUUGAGGUGAGGAGAAGGAGAAGCAGGAGGAAUAGGUAGAAGAGGAGGAGGAGGAUGGCUGAGCAGUGACUGGAUGCAGCCAUGGCCUGUGCACCCUGUUCAUAGAGGAGCUGCUGAGGGGAAGAGAGAUCAGAGAAGACAGAGACGACCAACAGGAUGAAACUGUGGGGGAGGUCAGCUUGGCCUUUGCAGGUGGCCUUCCUCGUUGCCUUUCUGAUGCUCUGCGUUGACCCGUUGUCUGCUGGCAGCCGUAACCAUCGGGGAUCGACAGUCUCGUACCAGGUGAAGCAGGGGACGUGUGAGGUGGUGGCUAACCAUCGCUGCUGUAACAAGAAUAAGAUUGAGGAGCGCUCUCAAACCGUCAAGUGUUCCUGCUUUCCUGGGCAGGUCGCUGGCACCACCAACGCCAGACCCUCCUGUGUGGAAGCCUCCAUAGUAGCCCAGAAGUGGUGGUGCCAGAUGCAGCCGUGUAUGGACGGAGAGGAGUGUAAGGUGCUGCCUGACCUGACCGGCUGGUCCUGCAGCACUGGCAACAAAGUAAAGACCACAAAGCUGAGGGAGAAAUGAGGAGCCAAUGGCUGACUGCAUCAGUGGACAUUAAUUGUGCAUUUGCAAGGUCACACGAUAGCAAGAGAGCCAGCGAGGCACAAGGAAACCUGAAACUCUCCAUGUGGAAGAGAUGGAUGACUCACACAUAUUUACUGUACAGUGGGAAAAAUAUCAAGGAAAAGGACCGCUGUCAGGCCAUCCAUCACAAAACAAUGGAAUAAAAAAGAAUGCACUCUUCACAAACUAUGUUCACUUGGCUAAGUGGAGCCACACAUAAAGCAUACACAGUAUGCUUGUUUGUGAGACCAACGGCCUACAAUCAUGGACAUCCAGGGUACAUCUGGACUCUAAUGUACUCAUAUUUAUAAAUGAUGGACAGAGUAUGGAAUGAUCAGGGGUCGAUUUCAAACACAGAAUUAGCAUUUUUAAGAAUAUAUUUCAACAAAGCGUUUGUGGAUGAGUGUCAGAUGUGCUGUAUUCCACAGCUCAAACCUGUUGUCUAUGUAGAGCUUCUACUGGAGAUAUUUAAGAGAUGAUCUGGGAGAAAUGAAAGCGAUAGCAGCUGAUAACUAGCAAAUAGCAAAUUAGCAUCAAAAUUGCUCUUGUGGGUCAAGUCACAAACAUAAAGACUGUUUUGCGUGGCUCAUUUUGCAGUUCUAAUUAGGAAUUUCAGUGUAAGAACAUAACAGCAUAUUAAAAAUUCAUGUAAGAUAUUUGCACUAGCUGAAACCGUUUGGGAAUGUUUUGUUUUUCUAGAUAUCUCUCAUCCUUUGCUGUGGAUGUCACAUGAAAUUGAAGGUGGAGCAUUUUGUUAAAUGUCUGACACUUGAAGUAGAUGAAAAAGAAAAAAUCAUUCUCCAUUUGCCCUGAUUAGGUAUUGGUCAAAAUAGCUCAUAGAAUCGAGCCAUGCUUACAUACAGCUUGGAUCAAUAUGAAGUAGCAAAAUGUGAAUCACCCGACUCUUUUCCUUUUUGUCCAGAAGACUUUUUCCAAUAUCAGCCUUCAAAGUUAGAUAUCUCAGAUCUCACAUAUUCAGACUGUGACAUCUCUUAUGUUCACUAAAAGGAGGCCCAUAAAAUGUUCAAACAAG